UGAAGGAUGAGGGAGCUAGGCUACUUAUGCCUCUUUUGCGUUCUGACGGAACGGGGAUAUCCACAAUCCGAGCGCUGAGUCUCAAACGGUGCGGGAUCGGAGAUGCGGGUGAGGAGUCGUCAAUAUUUCAUAAGUACAUAAAUAUGGUGCUAUUGUUGAGGUGCUACUUUAGAUGGAAGUGCGCAGUGGGUGGGCUUUGUGCUCACGAUUUUCUGUAUAAGAAUACGGACUUUCGUGGUGCUUCAUGGUCCGAAAUACCAUGUAAAUACCUGCCGACUACCACCCGCACUCUUAAUUCAUGCUGGCCACACAGCGAGAAAAGUCACAUUAGCGAGUGAUACACGUGCUAGAAGAUAAGGGAGACACCGAAAACACACCAGGGCGAAUGCUGGAUAUACUACCUUGGUCUGUGAACUGGUUCGGGGGCUAGGAAUAAUAGUGAAGCGGAAACCAGUGGUGACGUGGGCAACGGAAAAUCUUGCCUAGUCGAUCCCAAUUAUUGUACUCUCUUGAGUCAAACGGUAAGCCGUAGCCGAACUACAGGCUACCAUGCUUCCCACUAUUUGAUUCCUAAUGGGCAUCCCUCUAAUACGUGUACUUUUCGUCAUGGUGUAGAGCUAUGUGCCCGUUCAUAGUUUCUACAUGCCACCAGCAACAGAGAGGGUAAGGCGCGCCAAUGGCCACCAACACGACCCGAUACCAUCGU